ACAGGCGUUUUUAAUGUCGUACUAUGCACCGUGUGAUGCUGUAAACAAGAUUUUCACGGACAGAUCUGUGAAGAGAUCUACUGUUUUUGGUGUAGCUAAUGUUUACGAAAGCACAAAAUGCAAACGCUCCGGGAGGAACAGGGUCUUCCUCUGUCGUCUCUGCGUCUUUUUGUUCCGCCCCUGCGGCUGGUGUGUGCUGCUCUGUGGCAGGUGAUCGAGCGGAGAGACAUCAUGGACUAUGGGCUGCUGGAGGAGUUUGCCACCACCGUGUUGGAAAUAGUCCCUGAGCUGAUGAGUUACAGAGAGAGGGUCCAACUUCUCAUGGGACUAAGAGCACGGCUGGUCCUAGAGUUAUGUCGCUGUGAUGAUGAGUUGUGUCGCCCUGACACCGUUCAGCCACACCUGAACAGGAUGAGGAGCUGUAUCUCCAAUCAUAAGGGAGAGGUUUCAGAUCCAAAUGUGGAAGCAUCAGAGGCGAACUUCACGAAGCUGAUUGAAACCCUAAUGGAGGAGCCAAAGGAGAGGGAACUCUUCUUUCAGAAUGUUUUUCCAGAGGAGUUUGGCCCCGAGUAUGACUCAACACUGCAGAUUCUUGUGUGGGAGUUCCUGUCCAGACUGGAGAAACUGCUUCCUGCUCCAAACAUUAAACAGACUGCAUCGUGGCUCAACCUUGCCCCUGCUCUCUUAGAGGAGUGUGUGCAGUCUGUGGCUCACCCUGAGCCAUUACAGGCACUCCUCCAUCACCAUAAAAAUGGAAAACAGUUAGACACCAAUGCUCUAAGGUCGACUGGUGGUGACUACAUCCUCUCUUCACUGUCUUCCCCUUCCUCUGUGAAGGAAGAAAGUGCCUCUUACCAAGCUGGCCCAGAGAGACAGUCCUAUCCCACCAUGCAGGGAUAUCAAAGCCCUUUCCCAUGUGAUGAACCAGAGAUGAGUUGGGACUGCCGAAUGGCAGAUUGUAGGGUCUGGACUGUAAAGCCACCAGCCGGUUCUGCUUCUGUGGAGGUAGAGGUCGAGACUAUAGAGGACGCCACUGAUAUAAUGGUUAAACGCAAGACAAUCGACAAAGAGUCGAUAAAAGAGACGAGGAGAGAAGAAGCUGUUUUCUGCCCUCAGACACGCAGCGGACUGAAAACCAGCCGCUUGACAGCUGCCUGUCUGCGCCGUCAGCCUGUACUGCGUUUGAACAGGCUUGACAUUAGCAAUAUGCCAUUACCCAAGUCCUUGCUAACACUGAUUCUAAGGAGAGGGAGACUUCAGGCUGAGGUGACAAGACGCCCAGGACCGAAAAGAAGAGGCAGAAAGAAAAAACGGAGACGAGGACGGGGUGUUGCAAACGAGAAGAUUGAAACAGACACACUUGACGUGAGCGAUAUGCCGCUACCCAAGUCAUCACUAACGCUGACUCUAAAGAGAGGGAUAGUGCAGGCUGAGGCGACGAGUUCCCAAGUACCGAAGAAAAGAGGCAGAAAGAAAGGACAGAAAAUAGGACCUGGUAUCACAAGAUUAAAGAUUGAAAAUGUUGGAGUACAUACGCUUGACAUUAGCGAUACGUCAUUACCCAAGACCUCGCUAAAGCUGAUCAUACGGAGAAGGAAACUGCAGGCUGAGGCAACGGACAGAAAAGAAGGACAGAAAAGAAGAGGCAGAAAGAAAAAAUGGAGAAGAGGACGUGAUGUCAGAAAUGAGAAGACUGAAGCAAAGGGUGUGAAAAGAGAGCGGUCACCUGAAACUGAGGAAGAUGCCGAACCAUCAGAUAAUGAACUUUGGACCACUGUCAAUAAAGGGGCCACUGUCGAUGAGUCUGGUGGGGUCCGUGCUUCUCCUCAUUGUCCAUCAUCUCAUAAGAGGGAGGAGGAAUUGCAACAGCCCAUACAGCACUUUCACUCAGAGGAGCACAGGGGUCAUAUGGCCAAAGGGCAGAACAGAGAAGAACACUCAGAGAGUGUACCUCAGGACUCUCAAACUCUUGAGCCAUCCAACAGCGCUCACAAAAGAAGCUUUCGCUCAGAGGAGCACAGAGGUCAUAUGGCAGAAGGGCAGAACAGAGAAGAAUGCUCAGUUAGUGUACCUCAGGACUCUCUAACUCCUGAGCCAUCCAACAGCUCUCACAAAAGAAGCCAACGUGUCAAAGCAUGCUCUUUCUGUGGCAAGACUUUCACUGACACACUGGGCUUGACAAGACACAUGCGAUCUCACAUUGAGCAGAUGUCACAUCAAUGCACCCAGUGUGGGCAAGAGUUUGAAUUCAGUGAGGACUUAGAGGAACACCAGAAGCAUGGCUGUGAGGAAAUGAACAAAAAGGAUAAUAAUGAGGAAAAUGGUGAUGACUACUGUGGGAGAACUGUACAGCAAAAACCUGAUCUGAAAAAAAAAACGGAUCUAAAAAGAGACAAAAAACCUGAUCUAAAAAGAGACAAAAAACCUGAUCUGAAAAGAGACAAAAAACUUGAUCUGAAAGGAGACAAGAAAUCUGAUCUGAAAGGAGACAAGAAACCUGAUCUGAAAGGAGACAAGAAACCUGAUCUGAAAGGAGACAAGAAACCUGAUCUGAAAGGAGACAAGAAACCUGAUCUGAAAGGAGACAAGAAACCUGAUCUGAAAGGAGACAAGAAACCUGAUCUGAAAGGAGACAAGAAACCUGAUCUGGAAGGAGACAAGAAACCUGAUCUGGAAGGAGACAAGAAACCUGAUCUGGAAGGAGACAAGAAACCUGAUCUGAAAGGAGACAAGAAACCUGAUCUGGAAGGAGACAAGAAACCUGAUCUGGGAGGAGACAAACAACCUGAUCUGGGAGGAGACAAACAACCUGAACUGGGAGGAGACAAACAACCUGAUCUGGGAGGAGACAAACAACCUGAUCUGAGAGGAGACAAACAACCUGAUCUGGGAGGAGACAAACAACCUGAUCUGAGAGGAGACAAACAACCUGAUCUGGGAGGAGACAAACAACCUGAUCUGGGAGGAGACAAACAACCUGAUCUGGGAGGAGACAAACAACCUGAUCUGGGAGGAGACAAACAACCUGAUCUGGGAGGAGGCAAACAACCUGAUCUGGGAGGAGACAAACAACCUGAUCUGGGAGGAGACCUAAAACCUGAUCUGAAAGGAGACACGCAAGACUGCUCCAUAAAGUGCCAUGUGUGCGGGAAAAUAACUACUCGUAUGCUGGGUUUGCGAAGGCACCUUCUAAUUCACUUCAACAAUGGAGCAUACAAGUGCUCUGCGUGUCCAAAGACUUUUAUAUCAAAUGCUGAUUUGAGAUCGCACCUGAGAUCAAAAAGAUCUUGUAGGGAGAAAUGUUCUGAUGAAGUAAUUACUACCGGGCUCCACCUCAAAUCUGUCCCUGGUGAGUACAAGUGUCCUUACUGUGGGGACACUUUCCAGCUCCCAGAUGAUCUAAGAGGACACACAAAAGACUGUUCCAGAAAGUGCCAUGUGUGUGGGAAAACUACUGCUCGAAUGCUGGAUAUGCGAAGGCACAUGUUAAAACACAACAACAAUGGCCCAUACAAGUGCCCGGUGUGUCCAAGGACUUUUAUAUCCCAUACUGAUUUGAAGAUGCACCUAAAAACAAAAAAACUUUGUAGGGAGAAAUGUUCUGACGUAAUGAUGAAUGAAUUACUUUCUUCAGCAGAUGGUAAAUGUAGGGAAAAUGUCAAUGAAACAGGAGUCAUGACAAGGUGCCAACAACCAAGCUCUAACAACACAGCCAGGCCUUUGAAGAGCAUUGAAGAGUUCUUUGAAGAAUUCUCUCAUGACUUGCAGCAAUCUGAUAACAGCAUAAGUAGUGAAGUGAACCUGAAUAGCCUGAAUAGCCUCGAUGAAGACUACAGUGACGAGAUCAGUCAAUACCAACCCAUGAAGGAUGUUGACUUGAAUAGCCUCCAUGAAGACUCCAUAAUGACCACUGAAGACUACAGUGACGAGAUCAGUCAAUACCAACCCAUUAAGGAUGUUGACUUGAAUAGCCUCCAUGAAGACUACAGUCAGGCAGAGAUCAGUCAAUACCAACCCGUUAAGGAUGUUGACUUGAAUACCCUCCAUGAAGACUACAGUCAGGCAGAGAUUAGUCAAUACCAACCCGUUAAGGACGUUGACCCAGAGGAGGACAGAAGGACUGCGGAUGAUUCAGGGGGAAAUGAGAUGGCCAAUGACAAAGAACCAAACUCAACCGAAUGCUUAACAGAGGAGCAGGUGUCACACACUGAGGCAUGCUCUCUCCAGGAUUCUCAAUCAGAGACAAGCGGAGAAGUGAAGAACGAGAUACAGAGAGGGAAACUGCAGGCUGAGGCCACGGGAUCCCAAGGACAGAAAAGAAGAGGCAGAAAGAGAAAACAGAAAAGAGGACGUGAUGUCAGAAAUGAGAAGACCGAGGCAAAGAGUGUGAAAAGAGAGCACUCACCUGAAACUGAGGAAGAUGCUGAACCAUCAGAUAAAGAACUUUGGACCUCUGUCAAUGAAAGGACCUCUGUCAAUGAUUCUGGUGGAGUCCGUGCUUCUCCUCAUUGUCCAUCAUCUCAUAAAAAGGAGGAGGAAUUGCAACAGCCCAUACAGCACUUUCACUCAGAGGAGCACAGGGGUCAUAUGGCCAAAGGGCAGAACAGAGAAGAAUGCUCAGUUAGUGUACCUCAGGAUUCUCUAACUCCUGAGCCAUCCAACAUCUCUCACAAAAGAAGCCAACGCAUCAAAGCAUGCUCUUUCUGUGGCAAGACUUUCACUGACACACUGGGCUUGACAAGACACAUGCGAUCUCACAUUGAGCAGAGAUCACAUCAAUGCACCCAGUGUGGGCAAGACUUUGAAUUCAGUGAGGACUUAGAGGAACACCAGAAGCAUGGCUGUGAGGAGAAGAAGAAUGAGGAUGGAGGGAACAAUAACGAGAACGGCGAGGACAAUGGGGAUGACUACUGUGGAGAAAGUGUCCAGCAAAAAACUGAAUUGAAAGAAAAUUGUGAUCUGCAAGGAGACCUAAAACAACAUGUAAAAGGAGACACACAAGACUGCUCCAUAAAGUGCCAUGUGUGCGGGAAAAUAACUACUCGUAUGCUGGGUUUGCGAAGGCACCUUCUACUUCACUUCAACAAUGGAGCAUACAAGUGCUCUGCGUGUCCAAAGACUUUUAUAUCAAAUGCUGAUUUGAGAUCGCACCUGAGAUCAAAAAGAUCUUGUAGGGAGAAAUGUUCUGAUGAAGUAAUUACUACCGGGCUCCACCUCAAAUCUGUCCCUGGUGAGUACAAGUGUCCUUACUGUGGGGACACUUUCCAGCUCCCACAUGAUCAGAAAGGACACACAAAAGACUGUUCCAGAAAGUGCCAUGUGUGUGGUAAAACCAUCUUGAAGGUAUGUGACAUGCGAAGGCACAUGUUAAAGCACAACAACAACGGCCCCAUCAAGUGCCCGGUGUGUCCGAAGACUUUUAUAUUCCAUACUGAUUUGAAGACGCACCUGAAAAUGAAAAUACUUGGUAGGGUGAAAUGUUCUGAUGUGAUGGCGAAGGAAUUACUGUCUCCCGUAGAUGGUAGAUCAAGGGAUUUUUUUCAUGAAGCAGGUGUCAUGACAAGGUGCCAACAACCAAGCUCCAGCAACACAGGUGGGCCUUCAAAGAUCGGGCCUGUGUUGGGUUUGAAGAGCUUUGAAGAGUUCUUUGAAGAUCUCUCUCAUGACUCCGAUAUCAGCAUGAGUAGUGAUGUUAACCUGAAUAGCCUCCAUGAAGACUACAGUCAGGAGGUCAGUCAAUACCAAUCCAUGAAGGACAUUGAUCAAUCCAACCCUGGUGAAUACAAGUGUCCUCACUGUGGGGACACUUUCCAGUUCCCACAUGAUCUGAAAGAACACACAAAAGACUGUUCCAGAAAGUGCCAUGUUUGUGGGAAAACAACUUCGAAGACAUGUGACAUGCGAAGGCACAUGUUAAAACACUACGAUGGCCCCAUGAAGUGCCCGGUGUGUCCAAAGACUUUUAUAUUCCAUACUGAUUUGAAGAAGCACCUGAAAACGAAAAGACUUUGUCGGGAGAAAUGUUCUGAUGUAAUGGUAAAGGAAUUACUGUCUACAGUAGAUGGUAGAUGUAGGAAAAAUGUCAGUGAAACAGGAGUCAUGACAAGGUGCCAACAAUCAAACAGUUUGAAGAGCUAUGAAGAGUUCUUUGAAGAGCUCCCUCAUGACUCAGAUAAGAGCAUGAGUAGUGGUGUGAACCUCUAUAGCCUCCAUGAAGACUACAGUCGGGAGAUCAGUCAAUACCAACCCAUGAAGGAUGUUGACCUGAAUAGCCUCCACGAAGACUACAGUGAUGAUAUUAGUCAAUACCAACCCAUUAAGGACAUUGACGCAGAUGAGGACAAUAAGUCUUUGGAUGAUUCAGGGGGGAAUGAGAUGCCCAAUUGUCAGACCCUGGACGAAAGGGGCUGUGACUAAGCUCAGUCAGUAUCAUAGAUCAGACUACACCACCCUAUGUUUACACUAAGAAUAGGGAGGUCUGAAUUACAGUUAUACCAUAGACAACACCGGUUCUUUUAGUUUGGGUUUGAGUAGAAGAACAUGGAAGAAUGGUCCAUCUCAGUUUCCAUGAACCACAGUAGCGUAAGCUUUUGUUCAGCACAAGAUGGAGGAUACACCAUAAAACAAGUAACACCAUCAAAUAACAACAACAGGUUUCAGUUCAGGUGGAAGGUAAUACUUCUCUUAGUAAAACCAAGGCUUCCGAAAGAGCUCGGCCACAGCUUCAACACAAACACAGCUUCCAUCUCACCUGCACCUUCCCCAAGGCGGCCGCACCCCAAACAGAAAGGGUUAUAAAGGGGCAGGGAAACACAGGGAGACAAUCACAUCUUUCAUUGAGUCACGGAGUUAACAAAUACUAAAUUAGGAGCACCUGGGCCAAAGCAUGCACAGUAUAGGGCAUUCGUCACUCCUGUGACACAAUGACAAAGAACCAAACUCGACCAACGGCUUAACAGGGAAACACUGACCCAAGCCCUCUCCAGGAUUUAAUCUGAGAGAAGAAUGAGAUACAGGUGAUACCAACCUGGUCUCAGUAUUUCGUAUUAUUCUUUACGUAAAUUCGAGACACCCCAUUUAGUAUGAUAUGUUACAUUUCGAAUGGUAUGUACAGUUGAAGUCGGAAGUUUACAUACACUUAGGUUGGAGUCAUUCAAACUCGUUUUUCAACCACUCCACAAUUUCUUGUUAACAAACUAUAGUUUUGGCAAGUUGGUUAGGACAUCUACUUUGUGCAUGACACAAGUAAUUUUUCCCAAAAAAUUAUUACAGACAGAUUAUUUAACUUAUAAUUCACAGUAUCACAAUUCCAGUGGGUCAGAAGUGUACAUUCACUAAGUUGACUGUGCCUUUAAACAGCAUUGAAAAUUCCAGAAAAUUAAGUCAUGGCUUUAGAAGCUUAUGAUAGGCUAAUUGACAUAAUUUGUGUUAAUUGGAGGUGUACCUGUGGAUGUAUUUCAAGGCCUACCUUCAAACGCAGUGCCUCUUUGCUUGACAUGGGGAAAUCAAAAGAAAUCAGCUAAGACCUCAGGAAAAAAAAGUGAAGUCGGGUUCAUCUUUGGGAGCAAUUUCCAAAUGCCUUAAGGUACCACGUUCAUCUGUACAAACAAUAGUACGCAAGAAUAAACACCAUGGGACCACACAGCCGUCAUACCGCUCAGGAAGGAGACGCGUUCUGUCUCCCAGAGAUGAACGUACUUUGGUGCGAAAAGAGCAAAUCAAUCCCAGAACAACAGCAAAGGACCUUGUGAAGAUGCUGAAGGAAACAGGUACAAAAGUAUCUAUAUCCACAGUAAAACGAGUCCAAUAUCGACAUUACCUGAAAGGCCGUACAGCAAGGAAGAAGCCACUGCUCCAAAAUUGCCAUAAAAAAAGCCAGACUACGGUUUGCAACUGCACAUGGGACAAAGAUUGUACUUUUUGGAGAAAUGUCCUCUGGUCUGAAGAAACAAAAAUAGAACUGUUUGGCCAUAAUGACCAUCGUUAUGUUUGGAGGAAAAGGGGGGAGGCUUGCAAGCCGAAGAACACCAUCCCAACCGUGAAGCACAACAUCCCAACCGUGAAGCACGGGGGUGGCAGCAUCAUGUUAUGGGGGUGCUUUGCUGCAGGAGGGACUGGUGCACUUCACAAAAUAGAUGGCAUCAUGAGAGGAAAAUUACGUGGAUAUAUUGAAGAAACAUCUCAAGACAUUGGUCAGGAAGUUAAAGCUUGGUCGCAAAUGGGUCUUCCAAAUGGACAAUGACCCCAAGCAUACUUCCAAAGUUGUGGCAAAAUGGCUUAAGGACAACAAAGUAAAAGUAUUGGAGUGGCCAUCACGAAGCCCUGACCUCAAUCCUAUAGAAAAUGUGUGGGCAGAACUGAAAAAGCGUGUGCAUGCAAGGAGGCCUACAAACCUGACUCAGUUACACCAGCUAUGUCAGGAGGAAUGGGCCAAAAUUCAGCCAACUUAUUGUGGGAAGCUUGUGGAAGGCUACCCAAAACGUUUGAGCCAAGUUAAACAAUUUAAAGGCAAUGCUACCAAAUAUUAAUUGAGUGUAUGUAAACUUCUGACCCACUGGGAUUGUGAUGAAAGAAAUAAAAGCUGAAAAAUAUUAUUCUCUCUACUAUUAUUCUGACAUUUCACAUUCUUAAAAUAAAGCGGUGAUCCUAACUGACCUAAGACGGGUAAUUUUUACUAGGAUUAAAUGUCAGGAAUUGUGAAAGACUGAGUUUAAAUGUAUUUGGCUAAGGUGUAUGUAAACUUCUGACUUCAACUGUAUUUGUGAAAGUCCAUCAUCCAUUUCAUAUGAUAUGUUACAAAUAACAAUUUGUAUAUGUUAUGGAUAUGCAAAACUUAAAAUAUAUGUAACAAAUUUGCAAAAUGUACAAUAUGUUACGAAUUUGCAAAACGGAUGAUAUGUUACGAAUUCCAAUUUGUUGUGGCUGACAUUAGCUACGUGGCUAAUGCUAAUGUUUGCUAGCUGGAAGACGUUAGCUAGGCUAGGGUUUAGGAGUUAGGUUAAAGGGUUAAGUUUAGGGUUAGCUAACAUGCAAAGUAGCUAAAAAGUAGUAAGUAGAUGAAAAGUUGCCAAAAUUUGAGGUUGACAUUUAUUUUUUUACAGAAACAACUUUUAUAUGUCUUAGUUUUUUUCUAGAUGUUGUUAUAGGUUAGGUAGUUAAGUUGUACGAACACAAAAUAAAAACGGGGAAAGAAAUUAAAAAAGUUUGGAAAAUUCCGGAAAAUACAUAGUCGUGACUAUUGUGAGUUUAAAAAAUAUAUAUUUUAUUUUUGGAGGAUGUGUUAUGGGGAAGGUGUUUGUUAUUUAAGCAAGCAUGAACACACUUGGACACUACACGGGCAUUUCCACACUCCAUCCCCAGGGGGCAGCAGCAACUGGGUCCAGGUGCUGAGCGAGGCUUUGAUAAGCCCGCAGGUGGAGGUAAUCAGGAGGAUUUUCAAACCGUGAGAGUGCUGUGGCUAGUAGCCUGCCAUUUUUUGUUUGAGUUACCUUUUUAGUUUUGGGCAUGCCUUAUUGUACUAUCGUUUUUGUUUAUAUUUAUUUUGUCACCAUGAACUGGACAAGUCAAGAAUCAGCUUGGGCUGCUGACCCAAGGAAUCAUUACUGAGCUGGACCAAGGUAAGGUUGCUGUCUCUAGGGGGCACAUGCAAACAACACAGUUUGCAUACUCUUACUUAUUACAUAAAUGCACACAUUACAUCAGGUUACAGACUAUUUAGCUAGGCCUAGGACCCCUAGACAUAACGAGUGUAGCAAAAUCAGUAGGGUAGUUAAUCGGUUUCAUAACAUAAUUGGAGCUCGUCAAGGCAUAAAUGUUGGCAUUUGGGUGCUCAUGUGGGGCAGGUGUUAAGUCUGGGUGGUUUUGAACCAGUUUGGUAUUGUGGUGGUGCAUUUGUUGAGAAAGUUUGUAGCCCGUGUUUGUGUCGAGCUCGCAUGCUAGGAGAGGUUUCCAGCAGCGCAAGUGUGGUUUUCAGUUUGUUAGUUAGCAAGAUAGCUGAUAUUAUUGGUCAACAAAACAUUUUGGGCUGUCGGCCAAGAGGUUAGUCAAAUUGUUUCCAGCUGGUAUUCGUUAUCUACUGUAGGGCUGGUGAGUGUUUUGCUCGUGGGCAGGAACAUUUUCUGUUGAGUUAAUUACUAGUUAAUUACAAAGGUUUUCUGUGGUAAACUGUUGAAUAUUUGCCUGUUGAAAACCACAACUUCCUACUAAGUCCCACUGUUUGUGCUGCUUGAUUUGAUUUCUCUCUAAAAACUGCACUUUGAGCUCACAAAAAAUGGAAUUCAAAUAAUUGAAUCAAUCAAUUUGUUUUUUUAAACUGAAAAUAAACCAACAUUUCGGCUAAUCCCUCAGCACUAGUGUACAUAUUGGUACUUAGUUAAGGAAGUUUUAUUAAAAUAAAAAAUAAAGAUUAAAAGUUUGAAAAAAAAUCAGGAAAAUAGAUAGUGGUGACUGAGGUUUUCUUUUCUUGUUGGGGCAGGUGUUCUGGAAUAUGUUUGGUAGUUAAGUAAGUAGGCCGAGGACCUCUGGACAUCAUGAGUGUAGCAAAAUCAGUAGGCUAGUUAAUCGUUCGUAACAAUGUGUAGGAAUAGGAAUAUGGCUCUAGCUCUCCUAAACCUGGGCCUCUAUUCUCAGAGUAGGAGUGUUGAUCUAUGAUCAGUUUGCCUUUCAGAUCAUAAUAAAUUAGAUAGGGAGGACAAAUGGUGACUUUUGUUUGUUUUUGUUUUUACUUUGUCAAAAUGUGACAACUAUAUCCCAUCUUUCCCCUUUCUCUGCCUCUUUAUCAUUAUCCACUUUUAUAACAUGAUUAUAAUACUUAUCAUGUAUUGUCACUAUACACUUUGGAUAAAAGCUAUGGGUUUCCACUGGACCGGGCUGAAGCGACCAUCGUUUUUGUUUGUUGUUUUUGAACUAUGAGUUCUGUGCCACCCGGGACGCAAACUCUUGGUUGGCUCUCGACUGAGCUAAAGUGACAUUCCUUUAUUUUGUUUGUUUUUACUUUACGUCAAAAUGUGACAACUAUAUAUCUCUUUUUUCUCCUUUCUGGCCCUCUCUAUAUCAUUAUUAUCCACCUUUAUAGCAUGUUUAUAAUACUUAAAUAUUAUGUAAAGUCACUGUACACUGUAAGUUACUUUGGAUAAAAGCAUCAACGACUCUUGGAAUUAUCUACAUGUUUAUACAUCUUGUUUUCAAAUUCACAUUGGUGUGAUACAUUUAAUGUAUUAAAGAAGAAAAAUGAAAAAGC